UACCUUAUUGCUAAUUUCUUUUUAUUUCAUGAAAACUACUAGUCACCCCAUUACCGGUCUCUUUAUUUCAUGGGAAUCUCCAGUUGACUUUCUGUCUCCUCAUUCCUUUCCUCCUUUGUUUCUCUAGUAGAUUUAGAGGGAGUUGCACAUGACCAACUUGAAACAGAUGACAUGGAUGAAGUGAUCAUGAAGCAGGACAAACAGAAAGGAAAGGAGAGAAAGAAGUCAAAAAGUGACAGUUUUUGUGAACAGAAGAAGAAUAAAAAGGAAAUGGAAUUUGAGCAAAGACUUGCCAAAGAGAAAGAAGGAAUGCUGGAGAAAGAAAAACAACUGAAAAUAAAUCGUCUUGUGCAGGAGGUAUCUGAAACAGAACGUGAAGAUCUGGAAGAAUCAGAAAAAGUGCAGCAUUGGGUGGAAAGACUUUGUCAGACACGGUUAGAACAGAUUUCCUCUGUGGAAAAUGAAUCUCCUGAGGUAAAACGCUGGCUUUUCUAUAUGCUGCACGAUCUCAAAAUUAGUCACUGGUUUUCUCCUAAAAACAACAGCUUUUACCAGAUGUAAUAGAGAAAAAAAAAUUGUCUUGUUCUUUCCUUCUCAGCCUUCAUCCUAAUAAAGGAAAAAGGAAAGAAGAAGAAAACUGUCAGCAGUUGGUGAAUGGCAAUGUAAAUCUGAUGGUUAGACUAGAUGAUCUUGGAGGUCUUUUUCCAACCGUAAUGACUCUAUAGCGUUUGAUGUUUCUGUAGUUGAUAGAGAUGAUGUCAUCUGUUAAAGGUCAAUGCUGAUGUUUCUGGUUUGUACAUUUCAGUAUGCUAUUGCUACAAAAUAACUUAAUUGAUUCAUGAGCACUCUUUGGGAUAGGUAGAACAUGCUGCCAAUAAAAUUUACUAAGUGAGAGUAGAAUAUCCAGCUUUUUUUUUUUUAAUAUUCUAUGCAAAUAAGAGCAUCGCUAAUCAUCUCUUUAAUGCCUGCUUGAAUUGUAAUCGCAAUUCAAGUACUAAUUGCAACUAACUAAGUGACAUUAAGAGACUGACAAAAGAAAAAACCUCCCAGAUAAUCAGAUCCUUUGUUUUAAGUACUCCCCUCAGAUGAAGAAAGUUGCAGUGAUUGUGCCUUAGCUACGUGCCUCUAUGUGUGGAGAGAGGCUUUCCCACCAUCAUGCUGUGUGGCUUUCUUCCAAGCACAGCUGCUUUCAGGAGGAACACUACAAUCUACUGAAUUCCCCUGGGACUCCAAGCAAUUGCAACCACACAACCACAAAAGGGACCCUUGGGGAACCCUCUUAGUCAAAUUUUCUACGAGUCAGUAUGCAGCAGCCCUGAAAAAAAACAGCUGGUCUUCUAUUCUUCAUACUCAUAGGUUUGGAUCCACUUUGUUCUUUGGUAUAGGUCUCCAGAAUGGUGGAAUGAUUACACUAAGUUUUCUUUAGCUUUGUGGGUUCUACCAGAUUUUUGUCUCUCUUUUUGGAAAGCAGGAGGGAAUAUUAUGGACUAAAGUCACUUGCAGAGCUCUACUCUCAUUUGAAACAAAUACUCUGUAUUUGUGCCACCAAUUCUUCUACAUUACAUAUAAUUAGUCUAUUGUAGUACUUCUACAAAACUACUCAAGCAGUUACACUCAUAUAAAAUGUAAAGAUGGAAUGCUUCUGAGGAAUAGAUACAGCUGAACUAUUUUCAGGUACUACAGGCCUGAACUGCUGCUUGGGUACAAGAAGCAACCAAGAUAUGCUUUACUUGGGAAGAAAUGUGUAUGUUUUUUUAGCACCAAAAAGUGAUUAUGGCACAUGAGAUCUCAAUGUCAGCAGAAAUCCAUUUGGAGAAAAUGGUAUCAGAUUAGACUAAGAUGCACGCGCCUGUAGAGCAGCUUAUC